AUGGCUUCUCAAACUAUUCGAAUUUGUGAAACGACUGGAUGUGGUAAAGCAGCCAAAAUGAGAUGCCCUUCAUGCAUAAAAUUGAGCAUUUCGGCUAGCUACUUUUGUUCUCAGCAAUGUUUCAAGAAUUACUGGCCAUUACAUAAGCUGUUACAUAAUAUGGACAAACAAAAUGGCAAUAAAAAUACUUUCACAGAAAAAUGGCCUGGAUAUUCAUAUACAGGAAAGCUACGUUCUUUCCCAUUGUCAUCACCUAGGACAUUGCCUGAUUCUAUAGCUAGACCAGACUAUGCUGAUGAAGGUAUCCCUAUUGGAGAGCAAAAAUUACGUGGCAAUAAUACAAUUAAAAUACUAUCAGCGGCGGAUAUAGAGAAAGCCAGAAAGUCUGCACGGCUUGGCCGUGAAGUACUGGAAGAAGGAUUUAAGGCCUCAAAACCUGGCGUUACUACAGACGAAAUCGAUAGAGUAGUACAUGAGGCAUGUAUCGAACGCGAUUGCUAUCCAUCGCCACUCAAUUACUAUAAUUUCCCUAAAUCAUGUUGCACAUCUGUAAAUGAAGUCAUAUGCCAUGGCAUUCCUGACAAGAGGGAAUUAGAGGAAGGGGAUAUAUUAAAUGUUGAUGUGACUGUUUAUCACGACGGCUUUCAUGGCGAUCUAAAUGAGACAUUUUUUAUCGGCAAAGUCGACGAAGUAUCACAAAAGCUGGUUAAAACAUCGUAUGAAUGUUUACAGGAAGCCAUUAAAGCUGUUAAGGUGGGGAUUCGUUAUCGAGAGUUUGGUAAUAUUAUUCAACGAUAUGCACAAGCGAAUGGUUUUAGUGUUGUAAAAACGUAUUGUGGCCAUGGGAUUCAUCGUCUCUUCCAUACUAGUCCUAAUGUUCCACAUUAUGCAAAUAAUAAAGCCAUAGGUAUAGUCCGUGCUGGCCACUGCUUUACUAUAGAACCUAUGAUUUCUGAAGGAACAUGGAGAGAUAAAUCUUGGCCUGAUAACUGGACUGCUGUUACUUUGGAUGGAAAACGAUCUGCUCAAUUUGAGGAAACAUUGCUUGUUACUGAUAAGGGAGUUGAAAUUUUAACACAAAGGCAAACGGAAAAUGGCGAACCUUAUUUCAUGACACAGUUGAAGCAAGGACUGUAG